GUACCGAUCAUUGUAAAGUUUUAGACUUGGAAAGUAAACUAUUGACAAUUAAGGAACAAAAUAGGAGCUUUGAGGAUUGUAUUAAAUCAUUGCAAUCUAACUUAAAUGACAAAACUACCAGUCAUAAUGAAACUUUGAUGCAUGUAUCAAAAUUAAAGAAAGAAAAUGAAGAUAUGAAAUCUCAUUAUGAUCAGAUAAUUAGGAAGUUAACCAGAGACAAAGAAGAAGCAGCAACCUUAUAUUCUGAACUUAAGGAACAAUUAAAAUUAAUGUCACUUGAAUCAAGAAAGUGGCAGCAACAAGCUGCCUCUUUUGAAAAGGCAAUGCGUGACUCAACAGUAGAUAUGAAACAUGGCUUAAGGGGUCAGGCAGAGAAUGAAUUGAUUGCCAAUUUGAAGAGAGAACUGGCUUUAACACAAGGAAAACUUGUAUCACUAGAAAAAGAGUUCUCUAUGUUCAAGAAGCACAGCAAAGAUCAGCUUGAACAUGAAAGGCAGCUAAACUCUAAAUUGCGACACCUUGCAUUGUAAUAACAUGAUGUACAAAUAAUAAUUAUUUAUUUUAAAAGAUUAAUUAGAAAUAUUUAAU